AUGUCCGAAUACUGGAAAUCCACACCCAAAUACUGGUGCAAGCACUGCGAGACCUAUGUUCGCGACACAAAACUCGAGCGCCAAAACCAUGAAUCUACUGCCAAACAUCAAGGCGCACUGAAGCGCUUCCUCCGCGAUCUGCAUCGUAACCACGAGCGAGAAGCACGCGAAAAAGACCGCGCCAAGCGGGAAGUCGAACGUCUCAAUGGAGUUGUUGGAGCUUCAUCUGCAGCGGCAGGUCCAUCGUCAAGACCUGCGCCGCGUGCGCAACAGAGCGCACCGACGGAGGCUUCAUUAAAGAAACAAAGGGAACAACUUGCUGCGAUGGGUGUCGCGAUGCCGAGUGACUUCCGACCCGAGAUGGCUAUGCCUGGCGAGUGGACAGUUACGAAUACGAGGAUUAUCGAGGCGAAGACAGAAGAAGACGAAGAAGCAAAGGUGGAAGCCAGAGCCAACGGUGUACGGAAGCGUGAAGCAACGGAGGAUGAGAAGGAAGAGGAAAACGCCGUGCGCGGACUGUUCAAGAAGCCUAGACGAUGGGGACGAGACUCAAAAGCUAUGCCACAACAAGAAGACCAGGAACUUGAUGCGCUAUUAAGCGGGUCGACGUUUACACCUAGGGCUAUGAAGGAGGAAACAGAGGAUACGACGGAUGUCAAGAAGGAGGAGGAUGCAACGCCGGAUACAGCCGUGAAGACAGAAGACGCGACAGAAGUCAAGACGGAGGAUAACACAGACGUCAAGACAGAAGCACCUGCUGAACCUCUGAUAAAGCCAGAGCCAGAGGAGGCUGAGUCGGGUGUACAGACUGUGGUGUUCAAGAAGAGAAAGCCCAAGGGCAUUCGACAAAAGUGA